UGCGUGUGUGUGUGUGUGUGUGUAUGUGUGUGUGUGUGUGUGGGUGGGNAGAGAGAGAGAGAGAGAGAGAGAGAGAGAGAGAGAUGGCGGGUGUCGAGGAGGUGGUGCGGGAGAUCGUGGGCGGGAAAACCGCCGUCGUCCAGGAAUCGAAGUUGGAGCGUCGUUGCCACCCUCGCGGACGGAUGGAUUUCAGCCCUGACACGGCUGAUCUCCAUAGUCGUGUGUACUAUGUUCUCGUGGAAGGGACCGUGGCGAUGAAGAUCGAUGGCGGUUUCGGGUACGACAAGGAAGGCAACCUGGUGGACGUCAUCCUCAACGUGAAGAAGCUGUUGGAAGUCGUCCCCGACGACUGGCGUCUCCCAGAGCGUGAUGUUAUCGGUGACAUUGUUAGAUACCUGGUGUCCGCCAUAGCUGAUGAACACAUGGAUGCGCUUAACGACAAUGCCUUCUACGUGGCGCACAUGCAGCCCCCUCUCCGGGGCAGGAAGUACUUGCACGGCGUUGUGCAGUCGUGGUGUCCUGAUGACGAUCUGAAGGCUGCGCGUCGGUGGUGGCCGCGGCGAGAAGCAAUCGUCCCCUGACCGCGUAGUUGUUGUUUUGCCGGCAUGGGUGUCAAAACGACCACGUGUCAAGCAUGUCGUGACGAUGCACCGCCGGUUGGAUACGUGGUAAUAUUCGUGUGUGAAUCAAUGGCCGGAACGAGG